AUGUCUGAAGAAAGAUUAAUGGAAAUAGAGGCCUUGGGUGCCAUUUAUAUGGAUGCUUUUAAGGAACUUAUUCCCAACCCAGGAGGUGAAGACAAUUUUGUUGGAAUUGAUUUAGAUAUUAAAUUUACACCCGACUACCCAAAUGAAGCCCCUAUAAUUGAUCUAAUAGCAACAAUUGGUUUAACAAAAGACAGUAUAAAAGAUCUAAAGAGUGAUAUUGAGAAUUUAGCAAAAGAAAAUAUUGGAACGUCAAUGAUAUUCAUCUUGGCUGGAACUAUAAAAGAAUGGUUGGAUAAUAAUAAUAUUGACCCAAAUCAAGUGAUAGAGGAAGAAGAAGAAGAGGAAGAAGAAGCACCUCAAGAAGAGGAAAAAGUAUUUGAUGGAACUCCUGUCACUGUAGAAUCGUUUAUGGAAUGGAGGAAGAAGUUUUUUGCAGAGACACAACCCUUUGCAAAGAAAGAACAACCCAAGCAUACUGGCAAAUUAACAGGAAGACAACUCUUUGAAACUGAUUCAACAUUGAUUCUAUCAGACUCUAAAUUUGCAGAAGAGGGCGAAGAAGUUUCUUCCAUCUCUGCAUCAACUGUUAAACCAAAACUCGAACAAGUGGCUGCUCAAGUCGAUUGGGCACUCUUUGAUGAUGAUAAUAUGGAAGAUCUCGAUGACCAAGAUGAUGAAUAA